GGUGAGGAAAGCACGAAAAACUUUCCAUUAUCCUUAGAUGAUCAAACACCGAGGGAAAGCAACGGUGAAUGAAAGAUAAUCAUGGCGGUGAAAGGAUUUUCUUGCAAUCCAAAUGCAAGUAUAACUGAAAUCCAUCAUCACCAUCAUCUUCUUCUUUAGUCGCCAGGCAGCCAUUUCCCAAUCCUUCUUUUGCUUCAUAUCCGAUUCUAAACAUCAACAGCAACAAAAAGAAGACACCGAUUCUUCGAAUCCGAGCUGCAGCGGCAGCUGAAGAAAGCAAUCCGACUGUUAAUGUUUCUAGCACAAGCGAUGUUAAAGGUUCAGGGACGACAGCCAGAGGGAGGAGACUAUUCAAGAUACGUGAGGAGAAAAGGAAGCGAGAAUUCGACAGGCUUCACAAUUACCCGUCAUGAUCCAAGUACUUAUCCGUCUACUGUUAAUCUUCUUUAUACGUGCACUAUGCGUUCUAGCUGUUCGACUUAUUGCAACAGAGUCCUGGAAGACGCCUGCAAAGACGAUGAGGAGCUACGAGCGGUUCUCGGUGAUAGCAUUGGAGACCCUGAGCAAAUGAGGAAACGAGUUGAAGAGCGUGUUCGUAAAAAGGGCAGAGAUUUUAACAAGAAGAAGACGGGCUCUGUGCCUUCUUUUAAAGUCAGCUUCCGAGAUUGUAAUCCACUCGAUUCCUAUAUAUGGUUCGAGUUAUAUGGAUCGCCUUCUGAUCGAGAAGUCAACCUGAUUGGAAGCGCUAUUCAGUCCUGGUAUGUCAUGGGACGCUUGGGAGCCUUUAAUUCAUCUAAUUUGCAGUUGGCAACUGCUUCAAUGGAGUACGAUCCCCUCUAUGAUGCAGAUAAGGGUUUUAACGUGAUGCCAUCAUCUUUUCACGAUAUUAGCGAUGUCGAGUUUCAGGAGAACUGGGGCCGUGUUUGGGUGGAUCUCGGUACUUCGGAUUUUUCCCCCAUUGAUGUCCUUCUCAACUGCAUGACAGUAUUAAGUGCAGAUUAUUUGGGCAUUCAACAGACAGUUUUUUGUGGUCACCGGAUCGGCGAUUGGGAAGAAUGUUUGACGAACAGGGGAGUGGCUGAGGGGGCGCAAGGUGCGCGACCGUGCAUGGCUCCCAAAAAAUAGGGGUCUCAAAUCGAAUAUAUCUAUCAGUUGUUGCCAUUAGUAAGUAUAAAAAUAGAGGCCCCGAAAUCGAAUAUAUCAAUCCGUUGUUGCCAUUAACAAGCAUAAAAAUAGGACUCCCGAAAUCGAGUAUAUCUAUCAGUUGUUGCUAUUAAAAAUCAUAAAAAUAGGGGUCCCGGAAUUAAAUAUAUCUAGAAAAUAGAGAUCUUUUAUAAGAAUUUGCACAUGUCCCCAAUAACCUAACCACGGCCAUGAUGACGAACCCCGACUAUAGCUACAAGUACUUCAAAAUCUGAACCGAACGUCGAUCCAGAUGCAAUUGCAAUCUUGAAGGUUUGUUAUUUGUCCUAGGUUGCAACUUGUGUAUACAACUUAUAGACUCUAGAGAUGGCCCAUCAAUGGGCUUACUGUUCCUUAUUUGAGUUUGAAAGUUCGGAUAUAAAAUCAAGAAUCCUACUUU